CCCUAUGUUUCCAGGCAGUGUAUGGCCUGACUCAAAGCAUAUACAUACAUCCCACCUUCCCGUCUGGCGAGAAACAGCUCGCUGGAGAGCCGGGGAUCGUUGAUCCGGUCACAGCUCACAAAGUCAACAAAAUGCGUUCGGCUCAUCUCUUAGCGACCGGUGUGCUUUUGACAAGCCACGGACUUGGUGGUGCAGAGGCAUUGGGAUGGAGGGAUAAGGGUCUGCAUGCUACUGAUGGAACGAGUGCUGAAGAAGCAGGAUCUUUGCGAUAUCGUGAAAGAGACGACACGUCCAUUACUGAGCUGGUCGAUCUCGGGGUAGUGAGGAGAAGUGAUCUGAUGGAACAGUCUGAGGAUACGGGAAAUUACGACUGCCACAAGCAGAUCAGACAGCGGAUCCAUCUCGCUUGUUCGGCCGAUGCAGGAAAAGAGUCGGGAGUAAGCGGUUGGGAUGAGGCGGAAAGAGCAGGAGUCGCUAUCGCUCUCACGCUCUGUUCUAUCCAGUCAGCUCUGCAAAGUCCUCCCGUAGAGUGCGAACCUUGGUCGCCUUACUCGAGCAAUCCAGGACCAUCCGAAGCGCAUUAUACUAGGUCAUCCAGGCGGGGCGAAACGGUAGCAUCUUACAACGAGUUGGAUGACCGAUAUGGAAGGCGAGGGUUCCCGGUAGACGAUGGAGAGGGACGGGCGAUGAGGGGGAGGUGUCUAGAAGCUUUACACCGGAGUCCACAGGAUUGGAGCAGCUACAAUGGCUAUCUCGCCGAUGCGACCAAACAAUGCCAUGCGCUGAAGGGGCAGCAAACUUUAGAUAUCGCCAAUGAAAUUUACCGCAACUCUACAAUGGAAAAGUUGGCGCUUCUACAAAUGCUCAAACAGCACGAGCUUGCGAGAAGGGAUACGGAGAGUUCAGUCGAAGCGCGGUUGUCGGACAGGAUCGAGACUCUCCGAGAUAUGGUCAGCAACAUUGACAACGCAGGGGUCCGCCUAGACGACCAGCUUUCAUGUCAAGAAACGAACAUGAAUGCGGGACUGGAAAGAUUGGAUGAAAGCGUGAAGCAAGCCCUGGCGCUGAAAGACGACUUUUGGUUCGAUGUGCAUUCACGAUGGGAAGCGGUCCUUAGCGAUUUACAAGGUAGACUGAGCGCCGUGAUCAGGGAGACUGGAGAAAGGAGCUUGGACGAACUGAAUAUCGAGCUACACCAUGCUUUGGGUGCCCACGGGACAUCUUUGAAGGAACAAGAGAGAGCUCACGGACUCGCACUAGCCAAUCACGCCACCAAGCUCGAGGAGCGGAGUUUGCGGGCAUAUGAUAUCGAUGUUGCCAGGAUGGACCUGGCGGAGGAACGAUGGGACGCUCUGAGUAUGGUCAUACAAUCUACCAGUCAGACCCUGGAGAUAAUCGCCGACAGAUUGAACGAUCUCGAGCCUGUUUUGAAGGAGACUAUCUCGACCGCUGUAACAAUCAAGGAAGAAUCCGUCGACCAGCUCCAACAUAACAGACUGGUCGCUCAAGAGAUCAGGUUGACUCUGCAGGGACAAGACGAGGCGGUCAAGGACGGUCGUCGAGCUUGGGAAGAUUUGAAAGCCGGAUUUACCGACGAGAGGAUGGAGCUAGAACAGAGGAAAGAAGGGAGGAUGCAGUGGGGAUUCAAGGGAACAUUUACGAAUCUGGUACAAGUGGUUGCACCGGCAUUUUCAACGAUUCCUGCGAUCCAGAUCGUCUCGACCGUCUUCAACCGGUAUCCCUUUAUCUGCAACCUCCUUGGCGUCUUUUGGGCCUGCCUGUCUACUAUCUUCGACGGGCUCUAUUGGGUGUUCUGGAUGACUACCUGGUCUUAUAUCCUGCUGAAGACGGGACUGUGGAAAUUGAUGAGGCUGGUUUACAAGCUCGGUUGGGAUAUUUACUCUGAAUUACAGGGGCCGAUCGAGGGAGAGGAACAAGGAAGGGGGAUUGAGAUCACCACGCCACCUAGAGGUGGUGUGAAAUGGGCGUUACCGAUGUCUCCCGAUAUCACGCCUAAACGCCCUGCCGGGAAGAUCAACCGGGACCACGACGAAACCGACGAGAGCCAGGAGGUGAUCCAGACCACUCAUGGAUACGUUGGAGCACUCGGUUUGAUCAUGGAGGACGACGACGACAACGACCCGUUCUUGGUGCGUUCUCAACCGCGUCAGACUCGCACUCGGGUCGGAUCAAGGCCGACGGCCGGAGAUGGCAGCAGGAAGAGAAGUUUAGGAGCACAAGUUGAUAGGAUGAAACGACGAGCUCAGAGCGAGCCUUUGUAUUAGGUUCGAAGCGGGAGAGUUUAGGGGUCACACCGGUUCAGGGUCGGACGCACUACCGUAUCGCAUGCAUGUCACUGUU